CCAUCUGUGAGUAUAAAAGCAGCCAGAGCCGUGGCAACGUCAGAAGAGAGACACUGCAAGAAGAAAGAAGAACUUCUUUGUCUUGCAGCUGCUUUUGUGCUUCUGUUUUAUUCCAACAAACAAAGUAUUGAAGAUGAAUGCUGGAUCAGCCGAGGGGAAACCUGCUCCACCCAAAUUCAAGCAGAAGGAGAGCCGUCAGUUCAAGAGCAAGGCUCCCAAACCAGGACAGAAGGGGUUUGACAAUGAUGUUCCUGGGAUGGAAGGACUGGGAGACUCCGCUGUCGUCUGUCCAUGGGAGGCCUUCGGAGACAUGGAGCUGAGCGACCUUGCACAGUUUGGCAUUGUCUAAGAUCCAAAUGAUGGGCCUGGCUGAAGACACUCAACACCAUCCGGAGGAGUCGCUCCAUCAUCGUCGUCAUCAUAAAAAUGGCUGAAACUUUACAGCCCUUUGAAGGACUCAUACUGUGGUAGAUAGUAUAAAUAGAAAAGUAUUUUCUUAGCCUGGAAACUUUCUGACUACCUGUAUGUUUUAAAUAUUCGUGUCAUUCACAAAGUCACUUAUUUAUUUUGGUGUAGCAGUUUUAAUAAAGUUUGGUGUGUAAAUAAAGUAUAAUAAACAA